AGCCCGCCAUAUUGGUGGUCUCCUCCAUCUCACUCGCAGACUGGAGCAAAUCAGUAAACCGGGCUGAGAACAUCAACAUCCUCCUCCAUAAUCUGCGCUAAGAAAAUACGACAUCAUGGAGGCCGUUAAAGCAUUUAAUGGCGAGCUCUACUCCCUGAACGAAUACAAGCCUCCCAUUUCCAAAGCCAAGAUGACCCAGAUAACAAAGUCUGCAAUAAAAGCUAUAAAGUUCUACAAGCAUGUCGUGCAGAGUGUGGAGAAGUUCAUUCAGAAAUGCAAGCCCGAGUACAAGGUCCCGGGGCUGUACGUCAUCGACUCCAUCGUGCGGCAGUCGCGGCACCAGUUCGGCCAGGAGAAGGAUGUGUUUGCGCCGCGCUUCAGCAAGAACAUCAUCGGCACCUUCCAGAACCUGUACCGCUGCCCGUCCGAUGACAAGAGUAAGAUCGUCAGGGUGCUGAACUUGUGGCAGAAGAAUAACGUCUUCAAGAGCGACAUUAUCCAGCCCCUGCUGGACAUGGCGGCUGGGCUGCCCCCACCCAGCCUGACCCCGGUGACGGCCAGCAGCACAGCCACUGUCAACAACACUACGCCCGGAACUCCCGCGACCCCCGUCACCCCAGCCAACAUCGUACAGAGCCUGCCCGACUGGGCGUCCCAGAUCUCCAACACAGACACCGUGGCUGCGGUGGCCCAGAUCCUGCAGAGUCCCCAGGGCCAGCAGCUGCAGCAGCUGGUGCAGAGCCUGCAGAUGCAGCAGCAGAAGCCGCAGCCCUCCCUGCUGCAGGCCCUGGAUGCAGGCCUGGUGGUGCAGCUCCAGGCCCUCACAGCCCAGCUCACCGCCGCCGCCGCCGCCAACACGCUCAACCCGCUGGAGCAGAGGGUGUCCUCCUUCAACAAGAAGCUGUUGGGACAGUUUGAUUUUGGGAAUGAUUCUGAACGCACCGAGGGGUCCAAAAAGGACACAUCAUCCUCCCAGCUGCCCAUGGUCUCCGAGUCCAUCAACAGCUCCAUCUUCCACCAGCUGGCCGAGCAGCUGCAGCAGCAGAACCUGGAGCAGUUUCAGAAGCAGCUCCUGGAACACCAGCAGCAGCAGCAGCAGCAGCAACAACAGCAGCAGCAGCAGCAGCAACAGCAAAAGACGAUGUCAUCAGAGGGCCAGGAGGCCGUCUUUGGGACCGAGAACUCAGCCACGCCUUCGCAGAGCCGUGUACAACAGCAGCACCAAGAGACGGAGGCCAAGCUGGACGACUCCAUAGACAACCAGCAGCAGGACAUGGAUCUGGAUGAGGGGCAGGACAUGGUGGACGAAGACAUGUUCGAGUCCGAGGAGAAGAAGACUGGGAGCACCAGGUCACGGACGCGGUCCAGGUCCCGCUCAAGGUCUCCCAGGAAGAGGCGGUCACGGUCGCGGUCGGGCUCGCGGAAACGCAAGCACCGCAAGCGCUCGCGGUCUCGCUCCCGGGAGCGCAAGAGGAAGUCGUCGCGGUCCUACUCCAGCGAGCGGCGGGCGCGAGAGCGCGAGAAAGAGCGUCAGAAGAAGGGGCUCCCGCCCAUCCGCUCCAAAACGCUCAGCGUGUGCAGCACCACCCUGUGGGUGGGACAGGUCGACAAGAAGGCCACGCAGCAAGACCUCACCAACCUGUUCGAGGAGUUCGGCCAAAUCGAGUCCAUCAACAUGAUCCCUCCGAGGGGCUGCGCUUACAUCUGCAUGGUGCACAGACAGGACGCCUACCGCGCCCGUCAGAAACUCAGCACCGGCUCCUUCAAGAUCGGCUCCAAAGUCAUCAAGAUCGCCUGGGCCCUGAACAAGGGGGUGAAGCAGGAGUACAAGCAGUUUUGGGACGUGGACCUGGGGGUAACCUACAUCCCCUGGGAGAAAGUGAAGUUGGAUGACCUGGAUGGCUUUGUGGAGGGAGGCAUGAUCGACCAGGAGACUGUUAAUAGCGAGUGGGAGGCGGCGCGGAACGCGGAGUCGUCUAAGGAGACGCCCAGCGCGGCGGCUGCAGCGGCUACGACUGCAGAGACCAGCAGCCUGAACAGCACCCAGACCGAGGCCUUCACCCAGCCCGUCACUAUGAUGCCUGUACAGAUUCCUGUGGCACAGGGUGUCCCUGCUGUGGGGCUCGUACCCCCUUCCUUCCCCGUCACCAUGGCGAUGCCCCCGCCGGGUUUCGGGCCUCCGCCUCCGUUCCUGCGGGCGGGGUUCAACGCCUCCCAGCCGCCCCCCGGAUUCAUGCCGCCUUCCGUGGUUCCCCAGACGACUGUGGGGUCCGGAAUCCCCCAGGUGCCCACGCCUCUGGUCCAGUCAUCCAUGUCUGCGGGGCAGGACAGCAGUAAGAACACGCCGUUCGGGGCCCUGAUCCCUCCCGUCAGCACCAUCCCGGGGAGCUUCAUCCCGCCGGCCGUCUUCAACCCCGUGGGGGUGCAGCCGCAGCAGGGGCCGGAUAAAGCCACUCAGCCGGCCGAAAACCUGGACGCUGCUGCCGCUGCCGCCGCCGCCGCCGCUGACAUCACACUGCAAGGGAUGCAGAACGCAGUGCGGAGCGGCAUGGGCCUGCUGGGGAUGCACCCGUCCGCCUCGCUCACCCACCCGCUGCACCAGCCGGGCCUCGCAGGGCAGCGGGUGCCGGGGCUGCUGCCGGGGGCCGGCGCCCGCAUCUCCCUCCUCAUGCCGCACAGACUGAUGGCCCAGGCCAACAGCAUGGCCCCGGCGCUGGACCCCGCCCUGCAGGCCCAGACCCGCCACCGCGGCCCCGCCCCCUUCCCCCAGCCUGACCCCUUCAGCAGAGCCGAGGGGGCUUUCGGGGGGCCCCCUGGCCAGCCCCCCGACGGCCCCUCCCAGCCCAAGGAGGAGGCCCCUGGAGGCGCCGACGGCGUCCAGCAAGAGAGGGACCAGGAUUACCGCUUCCCCCCGCCGGAGAAACAGGGGGCGGGGUUGCUGAGGACCCCCCUGGAGAGCCGGCAGGCGAGGGAGGGGCCGCAGGGCCCGCAGGGGGAGAGCCGCGAGGGCCAGGCACGCAAGGAGCAGCUCGGCGGCUUCAAACAGGAGAGCCGCUGGGGCCCGCCCAGGGGGGACUUUGACGAGCGCGAUUUGCGGGGGAUGUCCGCGGGGGGGCCCAAAAGCUUUCAAGAAGAGCGCCCUGGCAGCGGAGCGAACUUCCCAAAUCGGUUUGAAAACCGAGGAGGAGGAGGAGGAGGAGGUGGAGGUGGAGGAGGAGGAGGAGGAGGAGGGCCGGCCUGGGGCCGCGGCGGGAGCGGACCGGGCGAGGCCGACCUGCACCAGGACUUUGAUGACCGCCGGCGGCCCUGGGACAGGCAGAGGGACCGGGAUGACCGGGAUUUCGACUUCCGGAGGGAGAUGAACGGCAGCCGCCUGGCCCGGGAGAGAGACCGCGAGAGGGAGCGCGGCCGCGAGAGAAACCGCGAGCGUGAGCGAGAGUGGGGCCGUGACCGUGACCGUGACCGUGACCGUGACCGUGAACGCGAGCGCGAGCGUGAGAGGGAGCAGGGACGCGAACGUGACCGGGGCCGUGAGGCCUGGGCUCCCCCCGCCCCCCAGCCGCAGGCCCCCGCCGCUCCCGAAAAGACUGCAGACAGCCAGGAGCAGGAGAAACCACAGUGGGUGAACGGGGCGGAGUCAGACAACGGCUCCGCCUCUGAGCUCAAGUCUCCGCCUGCCGCAGAGGAGCCCCCGGCCAAUCCGGAAAAGCAUGCCUCCCCCAAGGACGUAAGCAAUGAGCAGAGUGAGCCGAAGGAGGAAGCUGACAAACAGCCAGUGGUAGAGAAAACAGACACUGAGGGGACAUUAUCAUCACUCAGUAGGUAAAGAUCAUUUUGUAAAGUUGUAAUCUCUGUACUGAUUUGAUAUGGCUGGCUUUGGACCUGUUAGUAAAUUCACUUAUUGUCCGAUGCAGAUAACCUAACAAAUGUGUGUGCAUCCUUCACAUAACUGUAUACAAAGUUAACUCCCUUUAGAUGGUUCACUCGAGGAUUAAAUGGUAGGUAAUAUUUUAAUUUGUUUUUAGUUGCAACGGAAAAGCCACCCCCAACCCCCAACCCCCCACUGUUUUAACAAGGUGAAUUUUCAUGAAGUGCUUGCCAAGAUGUUUUUAAUGUAAAUGUGGGGGGGGGGGGGGGGAGAAGAGCUUUGACCUUCCUAUGGAAGAGUGCGAGGCACCCUGACUGUUUCCACAGAUUACGGAAUGCUUGCAAACAGCAGGUGCUGGCCUGUUCGUGUCUGUCCUCUUUUAAAAUGCCGCAGCAGAGUUUUCAUUGAAUGCCUUCGUGGAGUUUGACGGUGUUUUUUGUCUUUUUAGCAUAAUAUACACACAAAAGUACAGUGAGAAGUUUCCGUUGUUUUUUUUUUUUUUUUUUUUUUGAAAAAGGAAAAAUUUUAAAGAUUAAAACAUGUCCUGUGUCAUCCCAAAAAUAAAUGUCUGUGAUUUUUUCAUUAUACUGCAG